AUGUCGAAUUAUACAGUCCCACCGAACGGUUAUGAACCUUACCAUGGCCAAGCUCAAGGCCAAGCCUACCCGCCCCACCAGGAGGGUACCGUGCCUCAACAGGAGCACUACCAAUACAGCCCGGCUGCACAUCCGUAUAGCGAGCCACAGUAUGCUGGUGCAGCUACAGGUUACCCACCCCCAUACAGCGAACGACCACCCCAAAACUACCCUCGCUCUGAAUACCCUCCCCAAGUAUCCAACCAAGAACACGGAUACGGAUCCUACCCUCCAAACCAGGAAAAAGGUAGUGGUGAGAACGCAUCCUACUAUACGGCCGUACCGCAAGACCAAGCGAAUGGAGUCAAUACUGGUCCUGGCGUAGGUCCAGAGGGCGAGGGUGAGAGGGGCCUUGGAUCAACGCUUCUCGGGGGUGCGGCUGGGGGGUAUGCGGGCCAUAAGAUGCAAGGGGGAUUUCUUGGAACGGCCGGUGGAGCGGUUUUGGGUGCUGUUGGGAUGAACAUGGUUAGCCAUGAGAUGUGA